AUGGGCCGAUCCCAGUUCUUACUUCCUCCUGUGUUCUUGCUGAUGGAGCUGGUAAACCACGUAGGAGUUUCUCAUACUAGGGUCUCCGAUCUCGAACGGGCUGCUUCGGUGAGAAUUUAUCCCGGUACGUUUAUUCGCCGGUCCAGAAAUGAUUCGAAAAAUGGGUUCUCAGUACCACAUUUCCUUGUCAAGACACGAUCUCGAGAUGAGCGACAUAGUUCAGCAGCAAUGGGUAUUAAGAUCACCCUCGGUGCUCCAAUUUCAUUGCGGAAGAGAGACCGAAGGAGUAGUAUCACCGAGUAUGAACGGUUUCAGGCCGACACCCAGGAGCUGUGGAAGCAGAGAAGAGAAUUUGGAGCGUACCUUUUAUAUCGAGUUCAAUAUGGACCACUUGGUCUAUCGAAAGGCUGCACUGGCGACCCCUGGAACAUCGGAACUAGUGUAACAUGCUUUGGCGUAUGGAGAGAUGUACCGACACUUUCCCACUUAUUGCCAUACCUCGUAUCCCUUCUCGGGAAACGGACUAAACAUAUCGUAAUUAUCGGUUCAAGUCCAAAGGACGCGUAA